UUUAUUAAUGAUAAAUCUCUUUAUUUAAAUUUCAGUAAUAAAUAAGAAAAAAGAAAAGCGGGACCAUAAAAAAGUGUUCAUAUAUAUCUCUCUCUCUAUAUAUAUAUCACCGCGUAACAGAACAGAGCUAAUUCUCAUAAUUCCCUUAGCUAAGGCGGUAAAUCCAAUCCCCAUCCCUCUGAGUUGUAUCGUAUAACCAUGGCAACCACCAACCACGAUGAUUUAGAUGAACUCCUCGAUAGUGCUCUCGAUGAUUUCCAAACUCUCAACCUCAGUACCAAGUCAAGUCCAGCUUCCACCAUUGCAAGAAGUAAUGAAAGUAGAGAUAACGCACAAAAGACUGUUCCGUUGGGUAGUGGGGUUCAAGGAUUGGGGUUGGGUUUGCCUGACCUCAAGGCCAAGAAAAAGGGCAAACAAAAGGCUUCAAAGGAAUCCCAUGUAGCAGAUGCCCUUGAUAAACUUAGAGCUGAAACUAGAGAGGCUGUUAAGGGUCUGGAAUCUGUCACCACAGCUGCCAGGCCACCUGUUCCAGACUUGGGUAAUGAUGCUAUGAUGGAAGAUUGGGUUAAGCAGUUUGAGGAGCUUGCUGGCUCACAGGACAUGGAAUCUAUCAUGGAGAACAUGAUGCAACAACUUUUGUCAAAGGAGAUUCUUCAUGAACCCAUGAAGGAAAUUGGAGAAAGAUACCCAAAGUGGUUGGCUGAGCAUGAAGCGAGUUUGAGCAAAGAAGAAUACGAACGUUACUCCCACCAAUAUGGACUGAUAAAAGAUCUUAAUGAAGUGUAUGAAAAAGAUUCCAAUAAUUUCAGUAAGAUUGUUGAGCUUAUGCAGAAAAUGCAGGAGUGUGGUCAACCACCCAAUGAUAUAAUGCAUGAGCUGGCUCCUGAUUUUGAUCUAGCUACUCUUGGCCAACUAUCACCAGAGAUGCUAGAAUCUCAGGGAAAUUGUUGUAUAAUGUGAAAACAUCACAGACCGGCCGGCAAAGCCUUAUUCGCAGCAGCUGUAGUUGGUGGUUUCUGUCGGUCAAACCCAACCGGAGCAUCCAUGAUUCAUUACAUCAAGUUUAUAAUAAAGUGGCGCUACCUAAACUAGAGUUGCAUAUAUAUUGUUCACCUUUCUUUUUCAAGUGUUUUAUUUAGAAAUUUAGUUGACCAAGAAUUUGUCAACUUGGUAUUUUCUCCUUCUCUCAUCCCAUCAUCAUCAUGUAAUUCUAAUUUUAAUCAGAGACAAAUGAUUUGGGGGAGUGAGUGAGUGGCAUGAAAGAAAACCAUGAAAAGAAAGAAAGUCCAUAUAUAUAUAUAUGUGUUUUAUUUAUUUA